CCCGCACAGUGCUCCUAUAUAAGGCCCCGUGCCCGCUGCCUCGGCCUCCUCACUCUUGAGCUCAGACGCACCCCCAGCAGCUGCAGCCAUGAGGUGUCUCCUGCUUGCCCUGUGCGUGGCCCUGGCCCGUGGCGCCCAGGACAUCUUUGUCCCUCAGAUCGGGGAGAACCUGGACGUCCAGAAGGUGGCUGGGCCCUGGUACCCCGUGGCCAUGGUGGCCAGCGAUGCCGCCCUGAUGAACGCCGAGAGCGCCCCCAUGAGGCUGAACAUCAAGGAGCUGAGGCCCACCGCCCAGGAUGGCCUGGAGAUCACCGUGCGCAGAUGGGAGGACGGCAGCUGCGUGGAGAGGAAGAUGUUCGCCGAGAAGACCGAGGCCCCUGCCUCCUUCCAGAUCCACAGCCAGGAGGGUGACAACAUGGCCCCCGUUCCAGUCCAGGAGGGUGACAACGUGGGCCCCGUUCCAGUCCAGGAGGACGACAGCGUGGCCCCUGCGGCGGCCCUGGGGGCGGGCAAGGUGCACGUGCUGGACACCGACUACCAGAACUACCUGUUCCUGUGCCUGGAGGCCGCUGCUGCCACCCCCAGCCCCGCCCCCGCCCAGCGGAGCCUGGCCUGCCAGUACCUGGCCAGGACCCCGGAGGCUGACCAGGCGGCCAAGGAGCAGUUCAACAGAGCCGUGAAGCUGCUCUCCACCCACACCUCCAUCGCCUUCACCCCGGCCCAGGCCGAAGGUGAGCACCGGCCCCCGCCCGCGGCCCCCAGUCAGAGAGCCGUGGCUCUGGGAAUGUCCGUCUCCCAUGGGGGCCUCUGA